AUGCACAAUCUAAAUUUAAUAUAUUGAGUUUUUCAAAAUCUUUCGCACAAUAUCUCCUAAUAAAUACCUAUUUGCAACAUACAUGUUGUUCUAUUAACUCAGAUCAGCUGGUGAUGUGGAGAACAGAUUAUGCGAAGAGGUUUUAAUUUAGGCAUGUUUAGGAGCAUGUGAUGGUUGCAUCUAUUUCUGUGUUUUGAAAUGCUUUUAAAACAGUAAUAAUGAACAAAAUGCCGCAAAUAUUAAAUAAACUAAUCAAUACAACACAUUACUUUAGAUGUAAUAAAUUUUUGCCAGCUUUCUCGGUAGUAAGAAAUAUGGCUACAGUGAAACGAUUUUAUAGAAGAACAAAUAUACUUUCAAGUGGGGAUAAGUUUGAGAUUACAUUGGAUCAAAGGAAGCUGAAGACACCUCAGGGUAGGGUAUUCGAAGUAAAUAGCAAGCCCCUGGCUUUAGCAGUGGCUGCCGAAUGGGAUGCACAGAAGGAGAUCAUUGACAGAGGAAGUAUGCAUUUGACAUCCUUAUGCAAUACCGUAUUGGACAAUCCACAUAAUUAUACCAAGAUAGAUCUGGUCAAUCAUAUAGUGAACUGUUUAGAAAUGGAUACAAUUUUAUUUUAUUCAAGUGAUGUGGAUGAAUUAUAUCAGUUACAAAUUGAAAAGUGGGAGCCUAUAUUUCGUUGGUUUUGUGAAAACUACGAUGUGGACAUUGCAAGAACUCAGGGUAUAGAAGCACCUACUGUAUCUGUAGAAACUAAAACUGCUUUAACAAAGCAUUUAUUGUCCUAUAAUUUUAAUAGUAUUUAUGGUGUUGUGUAUGCAGUAGAUGGAUUAAAAUCGGUUAUCCUGACUCUUGCGACAGUUGCAAGAGUAAUUAACGUCUUGGAAGCUGUAAAUCUUUCACGACUAGAAGAAGAAUAUCAGAUCUCUCAUUGGGGUAAUGUAGAAUGGCAUCACGAGUAUAGCAAACAUGACUUACAAGCGCGUCUAUCGGCGGCAAUGUUAUUUGUAUACUUAAACUCUCAUUCCGCUACUUCGCGACUCAAAAACGACGCCCCUAAUGUAAGCUAAUCCUAUUUCGAUCAUUAAAGAAUCACUACGUCAAUAGAUAUAAAAUUUGUAAGAACAACGUGUUUGCUGCAAUAUAACAUUGUAACAUCGAUACCAAUUGAUUACUCCCUUGGUGCUAAUUAAUAAGAGCUGGGAGGAAUCUGCUAUAUCCAUCAAGGAUUACUUCUAGCGAUAAAUCAGACAGGAAUGGAACAAUCAGGUCCGACCCACUCUUUUGUACAAAUACAACUGAAAAAUCGAUGAAUAAUUACUUACAUAAUAUUAUGUAACA